AUCAUAGAUAGUAGCCGCAGCGACGCCGAAUUUCCACCACCGUGACUUGCGAGUCGCAAACGUGGUAACGGCACCUUCUUGUUCGUAAUUACGUGCAUGAUCUGCUCACUGCUGAGCGAACCAAGGGAACAAUUGUCUAUCUGAAGGAACCCUUGAUCGUUAUGGACAGAAGACGCAUGCCAACGCGACCAGCGUCUUCCGAGGAAGUAGAGUGUUGGUCACAUGCAACUCGAUCUCUGUCAUCAGUCUCGAAUAUUUAUGCAAGCCCCAACAGUGUGGAGACUGUACACCGGGUCAAUAGACUGAUAAAUGCGUGGCCCACUGACGAUAGCCUCCCAGCGGAUGGUUAUGAUGGCCUUAAAAUUACAUAUAAACGAUUGUCAUCAGGCCUGAGGGACAUACGUGCCCACACUGACGAAGAGAUAAAGGCAAUUGAUGACGCCAUGGAACGGAUCAGCGUUUUGGUAGCACUGAGAAAAGCCUCAGAAGCUAUCUUACCGGAAAAACGAAAUAAAAGGCCUCGGGGGCCCUCGCCUGCUGGUACUCCAACCCCAGCCACGCCACCCAUAGCAACCAAUGCUCGAGCUCUCCCUGUCUCAAUACCCCUUCGCAGUUCAUUAGGACCUUCUCCAGCAAUCCCCUUUUCGCGUGAACCAAAGGCAAGAAGAGAAGCACUUGCAAAGCAAUUGCCACUCCAGGAAGGAAGAAAAGUGGCUUUUCACCCUCCAGCCAAUAAACCUGGCGAUGAAGGGAACGGGGAUGCUGCCGAAGAAAAUACGUGGAUCCUGGCAGUGGUAAUCAAAUCUAUAAACCAGGAUAAGAAUAGAUAUGAAGUACAAGAUGCUGAGCCUCAAGAAGACGGUCAACCUGGACAACGUUACAAUACAACUCUUCGUGCGAUCAUACCCUUGCCGGAUCCAAACGCCCCUCCAACGAGCGCGGCACAUCUUAAUGCAUAUCAAGAAUUUCCAACAGGCUCAACCGUCAUGGCACUUUAUCCUGAUACCAGCUGUUUCUAUCGUGCUGAAGUACUUGCCUCGCCCAGAGAUCUACAACCCGGCGGCAGGACGACUUCAUCAAAACAGAUUCCUACAUAUAAACUCAAAUUUGAAGAUGACGACGAUCAAGAACACGCUGUCGCUGCGCAAUGGGUUGUUGAAUGGCCGGGGGUUUGACUUUACUAUCACACUGACAUUUGUGUAAAUAUAUGGCAUUGCACUCUGUUUAAUUGUAAAAUCAGCUGUAAAUAUAUUUGUAUACCUUGUUUAUGAAGACUG